CCGCUCUCGUCGCGUACGCACGCUAUAUCCAUCGAUAUCCCAACGCAAUCGAGUCCCGAGCACAACACUACGCCCGAGGCUGGGUGAUUCGUAUGCGCAUGCGUCGCGCAACAGAUUGGCAGGGCGUCCGCGAGCGGCCGGCGGCAUCCAUUCGUGCGCCGUUAGCUCUCAACGUAACGCGUUCGCUCCGUUCAGCUAAAGUUACCGGCGAGUUUGCGCGCGGACUAAGAUCUUCGUACUUCUUCGUUUUUUUCUUCUUACUUCUUGUCGUGUAGUGUAUGUGUGUAAAUACCCUUAUAAACUAUGUUUAGCGUUUCGUGUAUGUAUAAUUAUCUUAGUGUAAAUAUAAUAGUGCGUUUGAACUAUGUAAAUUUGUAAAUAUAUAUCACAAUGCCGUAUCCGUAAUGUAUACAUUGACUAUACUAGAGAUGUGACGAACUGAAAAAAAAAAAUGUGGACUACGUUCUUUUUAGUGACUAUAUGACGUUGUGUCGUCAAAGACAAUGGUGCGACAGAGACGCAAAGUGUUCCCCGCGGGAUAGUGUUGUGCGUGCGCCGGCAUAAUGUCUAUGCCUAUAAAAAGAUCGUUCAGCUCCGAGGGUGGGCCGUCUUCCAAAAGGGAUUGGAAGAUGCGGCUCAGCCUGAGGAGUCGAAGCGGCCAUAGCGUCGAGGCGCUGCGCGGGCGCCGAUGCGCAUCCCUGCGUUCGGCGGCCACGGCGCGCGCCGCUGACGACUCGGGGCGGAGCACCCCUUCCGCCCCGGCCAGGGCGUCGCCCUCACCGGCGGACACUCCUGCGCCGAAGAAGUCAAAUUGGGAAGUGAUAGAACACUUCUCAUCAAGCCGAAGCAAGAAAAGUCCAACCGUGGAAACAGAUGGCGGUGCGGCGUCGUCGCCGGCGCUGCCGCUGUGCCCGGCUGGCAGGCCUGACGCAGACAUACAGCCGCUCCUCGGUGAAGAAGGUGGCGUUGAGAGCGGCUGCGCUGGCGGCGUCGUCGCCAGAAAUGAGGACAAUGCCAAUUGUUGCCGAGACCUGACCCUGACGAGCCAACGUUUGGUGAAAUCUCUAUGUGCAUCGAAUCGAUUCGAUAAUUUGCACGUGGAGAUGCUUUACCAACGUUACUUUCUACGCAUGAACCAGACCAACAUGACUCACCUCAUCGGUCUGCUUCUAGCGGUGACAGUAGCGUUGAUGAUAGUCCAACUGCGUACUGUUUUCAUGUCGGACGGAGCAAAAACCCAGAAUGACUCAGCUUUCAUGGACACAGACAUUUUAAGCACCAGUUUUGGUACUAGUACCGAAUAUCCACUGCGCGGUAUGGGAGAGUUAUUCGACUCCAACUCCACUCUCCGCCGGGCGUAUCACGAGAAGGAGAGGGUGGGCCACAUCGUCAACGUGGUCGUUUUUGGAAUAACAGCUCUCGUUUAUGGAUGUCUCCUUGCAUGCCUCAGCCGGCCGGCCAUGAACGAGAUCUACCUACUGACCAUCUCCUACGUGGUGCUGGUCACUUUCCUCCUGAUCGAGCUGUCGUUAGCCGUCACCACUGUACUGAGGUCGCUGAGCGUCAGCGCGGGAGCAUGUGCAUUCUUUACAUACGUCACUUACUCCGCGCUGCCGGUCCGGCUGCACGAGGCUACAUUGGGAGGGAUAGCACUCGCUGCCGUCAACAUCGGAGCCCGACUCGCAUUUGACGAGACCAGCGAUGUCGAGAUCUACUGCAGCGUGGCGACCCUCAUUGCCUGCAACGUGGCUGGCGUGAUGACCCACUACCCACGGGAGCUGGCGCAGCGCCGGGCCUUCCUGGAGACCCGGGACUGCGUGGAGGCGAGGCUCGUCACGCAGAGGGAGAACCAGCAACAGGAGCGUCUCCUGCUGUCUGUGCUGCCCCGCCACGUGGCCGUGGAGAUGAAGGCCGACAUCGCCAAUCAACCGCGCCAGGAGCAGUUCCACAAGAUCUACAUUCAGCGAUAUGAGAACGUCAGCAUUCUGUUUGCGGACAUCUGCGGCUUCACAUCGCUGUCGGACCAGUGCACCGCUGAGGAGCUGGUCCGCCUGCUCAACGAACUCUUUGCCAGAUUUGACCGCCUGGCCGCCGAGCACCACUGCCUUCGCAUCAAACUCCUCGGAGACUGCUAUUACUGCGUCUCCGGGCUGCCCGAGGCACGUGACGACCAUGCCAAGUGCUGCGUUGAGAUGGGGCUCGACAUGAUUGACGCGAUUGCUUUGGUCCGCGAGGUGAUGGCGGUGAAUGUGAACAUGCGCGUGGGCAUCCACACCGGCCGGGUACACUGCGUGGUGCUGGGACUGCGCAAGUGGCAGUUCGAUGUGUGGUCGAAUGACGUCACCCUGGCCAACUACAUGGAGAGCGGCGGCGUUGCUGGACGUGUCCACAUCACCAAGGAGACGCUGAAGUGCCUGGGUGACGAUUACAAGGUGGAGCCGGGACACGGUGGUCAGAGGAACACCUACCUCAAGGACAACAAUAUUGAAACCUUCCUGAUUGUCCCUGAUGACACCAGCCGAGUGGACAAGAAGCCCCAACACUCGUUCUCACUGAAUGGAAAUGUGUCGAAGGAGAUGCGCGUGAUGGGUCACGGCUCCCAACAUGGCAAACACUCCUCCAAGAUCGGCGCGGAUUCCAGCAACGAGAACAAGAAGCCAGAAGACGAGGUGAACGAGUAUCUGAUGAAGGCCAUCGAUGCGAGAUCCAUUGACCGUCUCCGAGCAGAUCACUGCCAACCAUUUACGCUGACCUUCCGUGACAAGGCCCAGGAGCGCAAGUACACUGUCGAGCGAGAUCGCAUGCUGAAGGCGUACUUCUCUUGCACGCUGGCAGUGUAUGUUGCCGUUAUCAUCAUCCAACUGUUCGCCUACAAGAUCUCCCUGGUAAGCCUUGUCAUGAUUGGUGUCUGCUCCAUCGUGCCAAUUGUCGUCAGUUACCUCAUAUUCUGCAUUGAUUUCAAGCAUGUGAACGCUCGCAUUCGUCGUGUCUCAUUGAGGGUACACAAUAACAGGACCCUCGCUCAGCUCAUGUCAGUGCUGGUAAUGGGCGCGCUCAUCUUGCAGAUCCAGGUCAUCAUGAUUCACAGCAUGUACUUCGAGGACCGGCCCAAGCAGAUUGAUGAGAGCAUUUUCUGCCUGUACGAUAUGAAUGAGCAUUACCUACAUCUGACAUUGCUCGCGAUGUUCCUAUGCGCCGUUCACCAAAUCCUGAUCACUUUGGUGAAGACAAUUUUGCUGCUGAUCAUCGCGUCGGUGUAUGUGGCCAUCACACUCCAGGAACAAUUUUACUACGAGGAGUACUUUCAGGGCUUCCCCCACCACUGCGGUCUGGACUGGAACCAGCAAUUGAUGAACAUCGUGAUUGCCCUGGCCGCCACCGUAGCGCUGAUCCUGCAUUCCCAGCAAACCGAGAGCACCUACCGCCUAGACUUCAUCUGGAAACUGCAAGCCAACAACGAGAAAGAGGAGAUGGAACACUUGGAGGCGUACAAUCGCAAACUGCUCGCUAACAUCUUGCCCGAACAUGUCGCUCAGCACUUCCUAUGCAGCGACAAGAACAUUGAUGAACUAUACCACGAGCAAUGCGAGUCGGUCUGCGUUAUGUUCGCUUCCAUUCCCAACUUCUCUGAAUUCUACGUUGAACUCGAGGGCAACAACGAGGGUGUCGAGUGCCUGCGGCUCCUGAACGAGAUCAUUGCAGACUUCGAUGAGAUUCUAGCCGAGGAGCAGUUCAAAUACAUUGAGAAGAUCAAGAGCACAGGCGCUACCUACAUGGCAGCGUCAGGGCUUACUGCUGCGACUCGUGACCUCCGUGGCUACCGGCAUGUAACAGCGAUGGCCGACUAUGCACUGCGUCUGCGUGAACAACUGCAGUAUGUCAACGAGCAUUCCUUCAACAGCUUCCGCAUCCGCAUCGGAAUCAACAUUGGGCCGGUCGUGGCGGGUGUGAUUGGUGCUCGCAAGCCACAAUAUGACAUCUGGGGCAACGCCGUCAAUGUGGCCUCCCGCAUGGACUCCACGGGCCUCCUGGAUCACAUCCAGGUGACACAAGAGGUGUUCGAUAUUCUGUCAACACGAGGCUACAGCCUUCGUUGCCGGGGGACUGUGGAUGUGAAGGGGAAGGGCAACAUGGUCACCUUCUUCUUGGAGGGAGUCGGGGAUUCGGCUGACCCUGGCGCUAGGGAUAUUUACAACAAUCCGACGCCGUCAACAUCCACGGACGGGGAUGUUGGUGGCAGCAGCGACCAGAACGGCCGUGGGCCAGAACACCGCCCCCUGGAGACCCUGUCAGAGGGCUGCACAGACGAGGAUGCUGGACACUCACCACGUGCUUCAAUCCCAAGGGAAAAUCAGAACGGCUCAAUGAGCCCACAGCUAGCGAACGGCGCGAGCUCAUCCCGCGAGAGCGUCGCAAGCGCAGUGCGAGCGCGCGUCCUUCGCAAGCUGGAACGCCCCCACUCAUUCGCUGAUGCGACGGCUGUGCCACUGCCGGCGGUGCUCUCCAUGCUUCAUGCCCGAGCAAGAUCCAUUGAACUUGGCAAGGAGGAUGGACCUCGCCGCAGCGUGGUAGAAUCUCGUAGUAGCGGAGAGAUUGAGGCUCUCUUGGAGCAUGGGGCUCCCCGGCGGGCUGCCAGCCUGGCCGACUUCCUCUUCCGCCGCAAGCAUGGCGACAAGUACAAGAAGGCCAUCAACGUGAUUGAGAACCCCAUGCACUCAAUGUAUGACUCGACACCCGGCGAUGGACUCGCCGGUUAAACUAUCACGGAUACGACAUUAAUUAUACCCGGACUUGACACAUAUUCCCUGAUUUUGACGAAUAUCAUGACCACAUUCUGGAGCGUUGUGCAAUUCAUAAAGCUCCAGAAUUUGGCAAAAACCGGAUCGACCCCAAGGUGAAGACUGAACACAAUACAAUGAACUUUACAACGGAACGUCAUAGCACGGUUCUCAUAAUCGGAUACGCUUACGAAUUUAUUGAUAUUAUAAUAUGUAUAAUUGAUAGCGAUUAAAUCCAAAGGGUAGUUAGUAUGGUGACAAUGUCACUUUUGAAUUGAACAGAGUUCGAAGAAUGAUGUAUAUUUGUAAUUGUACUUAAUGUCUAUUCUUUGUUAUUACUAUAAGUAGAUAUUGUUGUAUUAUACUUGCUUUCAUUCAGCAUCUUGUCGGAAAUUAACAAUAUUAUUUUCCAAAAUUAUAUCAGAUUUUCAAAUUUAGCACUUAUCCCAAUGCUUACAAUAGAGCUUGAAGAUUUAUCAACAAUUUUGUUAAAUCGACCACCUCUCCCCUAACCAAUUGUACAGAACCAUUGAUCUAAGCAUAUCAGCAAAAUAAAAUAAAAAUACGGAAAAAUACAAAAAAAAAUUAAAUAGUAAUGGAUGUCGCUUAUUAUGAUGUAAAUAUUAAAUAAAAUAUAACCAAGAGGAAGCCUGGAUGACACAAGUACAAUUUCUUAUGAGACUAAUAACAGAAUGUUGCUGCAAUGCGUUUUGGAAACAGAAUGUAUGAGGGAACAGUUUACUGGUACUUUUAAACUUUAAUAGAAUAUGCAGUUCAAAAAGUAAUAUUAAAAAAUAUUAAUGGCGAAAUUUCGUUUGUGCAAAUGGUAAAAGUAAUUCAUCAUAAUUUAUCCAAAACUUAAAUAACACUAUUUCAUUUAUAAUUAAUAUUGCAACAGAUCAAAAUCUCAAAAAUAUAUUUUAAGAAAUUAGUUUAAGAACUUAUCUGUUAUUAAAAUACCGAUAUUCUGUUUCUGCAUAUUUGUUCGUUUCUUCAAACGGGACGUGCGCCGUAUCAAGCAGUGGGAGGCAGUGUUAUCAAAAUAUCAUUAUUAAAAUUUCUAUUUAAUGUAGCUUAAAAUAAAUACGUAAUUUAAUAUUAUCUGCGUAUAACAACUUCAUAUAGGUUUAGCCAAAUUUCACUAUCAUCUUCAAUGAUGACCUCUAUCUACUUUGACGACUUUAUCUCUGACUCUUGCUACUUGAUAUUUUGGUGAGUUUUAUUGCAUUUUCGUAAUAUAAAAUUAUUGUACAGUGUAAAUAUAAUUAAAUAAUCCAAACUGCGGCAUUGGCUAUUGCGGAAGUAUCAAAUUUUUGUCAAAAUUUUGUGGUAAGUUAUAGCUAUUAAAAUGUCUAUGUCAGCUACGGAAACAAUUGUAAUGACUUUAGGUAGGUAGUUAACUAAAUGAUUAUAAACGGAGUAGGCGGUUGGAACAUGAUAUGAUAAGAAAGAUUUCGAGAAGAUUCGGGAAGAAAUUUUACAUGAAUUAACCUCGAGAUUUGGUAGUGCGAGUAAUAUUUUGGGACCACCGAAUAAGGUUUGUAUGGGCGUGCUCCUUGCCGCAGUUAAUUUAGUCAAAUUAAAAAUGUAUACGAUGUAAUAUGUAUUUACCGGAAAAUAACCGGGUUAUGUAGUGUUUCUAUUAUAUAUAUAUAUAUAUAUAUAUAUAUACGCAAAUAAUACAUUUCGCGGUCACACCGCCUUGUAAAUAUGCUGUAAUUGGAUUAAACAUUUAGAAUAAAUAUAUGAAUUUACUUAAAAUGAGCUUUAUAUUCGAUCUUCAAAAGAUUGAUAAAAUUUCUGAAAAUUUCGGAGCCGAUUACUUUUUUGUUGUUUGACAUUCGACCAAUCCCCGGGUCCAUAAGGUAUUUAAAGAUACUGUCUUAAUUGCUUCGUUUGCAAAUUUAGUUGUUGUAAUUUUUGUAGCUUAUUUCCUAAGGUUUAUCGGCUCUAAAUCUAUUUUUAUGCCUUGUAAGCAUAAAUUUCAAGAGCAUUCAUGUAUUGCUCAUGUCAGCAUAUAUCCUUUCUUUAUUAAUGAUAUAUUUAUCGAAUCUUACAACAAGAUCUAUAAUUUUGUAUAUACAUAUAGAUAGUAUUACAUAAAUAUAGGUACUAUAUUCACUUUUUCAACAUGUUACAUUAUUACAAGGUUGUAUGUUUCGGUUUUUUUAGAUGAAGUUGAGUAUUCUUUUAUAUUAUGUACAUGUCCAAUCACUACAAAGUAAUUGCUUUUGACUUGAUAAAGUUACCUAUAUUUUAUUUGAUUAUUUUGAAUAAUCGUCUUUUUUUUAAAUACUUUCAAAAACAUCCACUCAUGUCCGUACCAAAUUACGCAACCAAAUACUUAUUUACUAUUACAUUUAAGAAUUAUUUUUAUUGUUUGUUUUAUUAUUACAAAUAUGUAUGAUAAUAUAAAUAACUUUAGUGGGAAUUCAAAGAAUUGUUACAGAAUUACAUCAAGAUGGCUCUUUUUCUUAUAAGAAUUAUGCGUUUUGUCAGUUUAGCGGCUAUUCUUCGUUGUCCAAAUGUGUACAGUUCAACAAACUGAAUACACAGAUCGUUUUCAUUUUCAGAUAAUUCUCAAACAUAACUUGUAGUUCAACAAAUUACAUCUUCAUUUCGUUGCCAUUUUGAAGUAAGUCUGCCGGAAUGCCGAUGAGCCACGCGACGGUAGGUAUCUGGAACAAUAUCAAUAUCCCUUACUGUAGACCUACAUUGGACCUACUUCUAAAGUUAAGUCAAGAGAAGUACAUUUCGGGAUUUCAUAUCACAACAAGAUGUGCUUCCAAGUACCUACCAAGUAUAAGAACGUUGUACGUAACCUUAGCUAUAGUAAAUGUCUAUCUAUUUAGUACCUGUACAAAUAUAUCAACAGAAUCUAGAUCUUCCACAACUUAGGCCCGGUAAAUGUUAUAUGUUACGACAUUUAUGCUCCACACUGUAUAUUUUCGCGGGCGAUAUGCAAGUGAGCUGCAAAUAUUUAAUGUUCUAAUUGGUGUUAAUGCUUCUGUUAUUGCAAAGACAACAGUGGAGCCAAGGAGAGGAUUUGUAAAGAGUGGAACGUACAGAUGGAAAGUUCUAUCAUAAUUUGCUACUAUUUAAGUUUUGUUCAAUGAUU